CUCUUUUCAGUUGCCAAUCUUUGUUGCCCAAGCACUUUUAAGAACCCGCACUCUUUCCUGGUAUUAUUAGAAACGAACCAUGUCUGCUACCACUGAGACUACCGCGCCCGCAGCCGCCCCUCUCAUCGACGAGUACCCGAACAAGGUGUUUGUGGGCAAUCUGUCAUUCAAGACGACAGAUGGGCAGCUGCAUGACUAUUUUGCCGAGGUUGGCGAGGUCAAGGAGGCGCGCAUCAUCACGCGCGGGCCGCGCUCGCUCGGCUACGGCUUUGUUGCCUUCGGUGACGACGCGACGGUGCAGAAGGCUGUGGAGCUCCGCAACCACACCGAGUUUGGCGGGCGGCAGAUCAACGUUGAGGCAGCGCGCCCGAUGCCCGAGAGCGCGAUCGCCGCGCGCGCGCAGCACAUAUCGGGGGAUGCCAAGCCUGCUGGCCAGCGCCGUGCGCGCAAGCCGCGUGCGCGCAAGGAGGCAGCCCGCGUCGACACUGCCGAGAGCAGUGAUACUCAGAAGGAGGAGGCCACCGAGGGCAGUGAGGCGAAGCCGCGUAGCGCCAGGCGCGGCGGCAGGCGGUUCGGUGCCCGCCGGUUCCCGGCCAAGGACAAGGAGGAGUCGAAGACUGAGGACGCGGAGCCGAAGAAGGUAGAGCCGAAGAAGGCAGAGCGGAAGCCCCGCGAGAAGAAGCCCGUGGAUGAGGACCGCACGCCGUCGGACACUGUUGUGUUUGUCGGAAACCUGCCAUUCUCGACCACGGAUGAGGAGCUGGCGAAGCUGUUUGGCGAGUUCUCGAUUGCCUCGGCGCAUGUCGUUGUGAACAAGAAGUCGAACCGCCCCAAGGGCUUUGGCUUCGUGACGUUUGCCAACAACGCCGAGCAGAAGAAGGCACUGGACAAGCUGGCUGCCGAGCCGUUCCAGGUGAGCGAGCGUGUGCUGACCAUCAAGGCUGCGCUGAGCGAGACACCGGCUGUCACUGAAGGAGAGAGCGCUUAAGAAUCUGUCUAAUUUUUUUUUGCUGUUGCCGAAACACGUCUAAUUUUACCGCUUGUUUGUU